CACUCCCCCUCCUCCUCCCGUAGCGCCUCACCCCUCUCCCCCACCUCCAGCCCAUCAGACUCUGGUUCUCAGAGGUCCUCUCCUCUACCGCCCCCUGGGGCGACCAACGGUACUGCAGCCUCCCCGUCUCCCUCUCCCACCGAACAGGAGCCCAAGACGACCUCCAACCUGGGGCGAUCAUUCCUCAGUCACCACAUGUCCGCCCUGGGGAUCAGUAGGAGGUCACGGCUCUUUAACAAGGCUGGUUCCAUCUCUGAGGAACCUGCUUCUUCUGCCUCUCCAGCCGCAAGCAGCCCGUCUCCUACUGACUUGGCUGGCCCUGAGAAGCAACAGCAGCCUCCGACUGUCCAGGAGCAACAAGGGAACAAAACCGAGAGGAACACCUUCAGCUCUGAGCAGGCCAGCCACGAUGCCGUUUGCCCAGAGGACUGUAAUGUUAAUAUGGACAAGCCCGUCCUCAGGAAGUUUGAAGGCACCUUCCUCCGCAGCCUGGCCGCCACCCAGUGGGAGAAGAAGAGUAGGAGUCAACACAAGAAGCUCCAGGAUAGGCUGUCCCAGGAUGACAUCAUAGUCACGUCCACCAGGGCAGAGGAGGAGGAGACCUCGCCUGCAGACAGCAGCCCCAGUACACCCACUGAAGCCCCAUUCCAGGCCAGCGGUGCAGGAACAGAUCCCCAGCCAGAGCCCCACACAGGGGGGCAGGUCUCAGGAGAGACUGGCCCCAUCCAGAGCAUCCUGGAGCAGCCUGACCCAGCAGAUACACAGGCUCCCCAUAAUGAACCAGGUGUCAGUGUCCAGCAGCAGGGCAGUGUGGUGGAGCAGCAUAACACCCUCUCCGACGAGAGGAAGUUCAUGCUGAACAUGCUGUACGCCAAGAACUCCUCAGCCGGUCCCCUGAAGAGCCCGUCAGGCAUCGACCCUGACCCCAACCUCGACCCCGAGGACAGCCUCUCCGGAGAGGCAGAGGACCGCAGAGGGCUGGGCAGGGCUGGUAGCAUUCUGAAGGAACGUCUAUCCAGCCUCAAGGCCCACCAGGCCCAGCCUCUACCCAGCGAGAACAGCAGCUCCAGGAGGGCAGAGCUGGAGGGUCUGGGUGGCAGUGCCCAGGCGGCGCGGGCCAGGCUGGCAGAGGAGCAGCACCGGCGUGUCCGGCCGCAGUACAGCAUCGACGCGGAGACCCACGCCCGCAGCCUGGAGAAUACCCAGAUGACCCCUCUGGCCAGGGACCGACAGACCGAUGCCUGGGACCAGCUCCAACCCAGCUCCAGAGCCCUGAAGAUUAAAGACCUGGACUUCUCUGACCUUAUGGAGGAGGAGGAUAUAGACGUUCUGGACGUGGACGUCUACGACGUGGGGGUUGGUCGGCCUGGUGGUGGAAUCCCACCUCCUCCUCCACCCAUGCCUGGACUAGGCUCCGCCCCUCCUCCUCCUCCUCCUCCCCCCGGGGCUCCAGACCUGGCCUUUGCCAAGAAGAGGAAGACGGUCAAGUUGUUCUGGAAGGAACUCAAACAGUCAGACAGUCCCAGGAAGUGUAAAUUCGGACGCGGGACAGUGUGGGCGUCGCUGGAUAAGGUUACCGUGGAUACGGCCAAGUUGGAACACCUGUUUGAGUCCAAGGCCAAGGAGCUGCCCGUGGCUCUAAAGAAAGGGGCAGAAGUGAAGAAGGCGGAGAUACUGGUGUUAGAUUCUAAGAGAAGUAACGCCAUUAACAUCGGCAUGACUGUGCUGCCAGCUGUCCACAUCAUCAAGACCGCCAUCCUCAACUUUGACGAGUUUGCCAUCAACAAGGAGGGCAUAGAGAAAAUCCUGACGAUGACUCCUAGUGAGGAAGAGAAGCAGAAGAUCCAGGAGGCUCAGCUGGCCAACCCUGACGUCCCCCUGGGCUCGGCGGAACAGUUCCUCCUCACCCUGUCGUCCAUCAGCGGCCUCACCGCUCGACUACAGCUCUGGGCCUUCAAACUCAACUAUGAAACCCUGGAGAAGGAGAUAGCAGAGCCUCUUUUCGACCUAAAACUAGGUAUGGAGCAGCUCGCCAAAAACAAAACCUUUAAGCGCAUCCUAGCAACGCUUUUGGCCAUUGGAAACUUCCUCAACAGCACCAGUGCUAAAGGUUUUGAGCUGAACUACUUGGAGAAGGUGACUGAGGUGAAGGAUACGGUCCACAGACAGUCUCUGCUCCAUCACACCUGUAACUUCAUAGUAGACAACUACACAGACACCUCAGACGUCUAUUCUGAGAUCCCCGCCAUCACACGCUCUGCUAAAGUGGAGUUUGAGCAGCUAUCAGAUAACCUGGUUCAGCUGGAGAGGAAAUGCAAGACAUCGUGGGACAAUCUAAAGGUGAUGUUUAAACACGAGACCAAGCAUCUCCUGAAGAACAAGAUGACGGAGUUCCUUAAAGACUGUACUGAUCGGAUCAUCAUCCUGAAGGUGGUUCACAGACGCAUCAUCAACAGGUGA